CUGUCCUUCAGCUUAUCAAAGCAAGACAUCUCGUGGAUAAUGGCCAUCAUUUCCUCUGACAAGCGUCACAUCGCCAUUGCAGAGGUCGUCAUCUUCUCAAUGAUCCAGAUCUUCCAGUUCUACACGAGGUUCAUCCAAGAGUGGCGGUACUGGCACCAUGACAAGCGAAAGUCCUUGCCUCGUUGCAUUAUGUACUCGUGGAUGGGGCUGCUAGGCGUCCUGGCACAGCUUCGAAUUGCCGGAUCUGCCAUGGUCAUAUCAAACGCAAACCCGGGCAAGUCGCUGCUGAUUACCGAGUACGUCCUUCAGGGCAUUGGUCUCUCCCCGCUGAUGUUCGAGGUGAGCCUUGUCCUGCUGCGAAGUGGUCAAGCCGGUCGCACAGGCCCCGGAGACUCGAGAUACCCGAAGCAAAUCCGCUUCGCUCUCCAUUUGUUCCGAUUCCCUAUCUUCAUCUCGAUCGUGUUGGUAGUGGUGGGUGCGUCCAUCAACAAGCGCGUCUGUACGGUUAUCGGAUCAAUAAUCUUGGUCAUCGCAUUCGCUUUUGGCUGCGGACUGGCUGUGUCGCUGGCCAUACAGUACCGGGCCAUUCUCCCUAAAGCCGGUCACCACUGCGUUUUGCUAGUGCUGACGGCAUUGCCGUUUCUUGUGGUGCGAGUUGCGAAUUUCCUGCUGGCGGAGUUUGGGCCGCGGAAGUACAGCUCUGAAGUAGGAGAUGUAGGUGUGACGGUGGGGAUGGGGCUUUUGAUGGAGAUCUUCAUCACAGUGUGUCUCUUGGCUGCGAGGGCCGUGGCAGAGCCAUUUUGGUCGGUGCCUGUUCAGACAGAGGAGGUAUGA